CCUGUCCUUUAGUUAUUUACUCUGUAUUUCCCCCCACCACUCUGCCCCAAUUUCCUGCCUGCCCACCACAGCUUUACGUUUCCAAAACGUUCACUCUCACAAUUAAUAGUCUCGUUCUCGAUUCCCCACUUCCCACCGUCUUCCUCUUCCUCUCUCUAUGCCCAGAGAAAAGCUCUGAAGUCUGAACCAGUUCCUUUUCGCCCCUGUUUUCCCACCCAGAGAAACAAACACCUGCUGGAAGUAGCAUGGAUCAUUCUCCGUUGCUGGAGAAGCUACAGCAGCUACCUCCGUCACACGAUGACGACGAAGUAGCACAUCAUCAGAACAAUCCAGGGCGGAAGAAAAUGGAUGUCUUGCUUGACCAGCUCAAGAAGGUGACCCGAAUGGCCGCUCCCAUGGUCGUCGUCUCCGUCACCCAGUACCUCGUCCAGGUCGUCUCGCUCAUGAUGUCCGGACACCUCGGCGAGCUCUCCCUCUCCGGCGUCGCCAUCGCCACUUCCUUCACCAACGUCACCGGCUUUGCCCUCCUGUUCGGAUUGGCAGGAGCGCUCGAAACGCUGUGCGGACAAGCGUACGGGGCGGAGCAGUACUGGAAAUGCGGGACCUACACCUACGCCUCCAUCAUCUCCCUCGUCCCGAUCUGCGUCCCAGUCUCGAUCCUCUGGUACUACGUCGACGACAUCCUCGUUUCGAUCGGGCAGGACCCGGAGAUCGCGAGCGUGGCCGGGCAGUACGCCGUCUGCUUGAUCCCUGCUCUGUUCGGCGACGCUGUCUUGCAGCCGCUGAACCGGUACUUCCAGUCCCAAGGGCUGACGCUCCCGAUGCUGCUGAGCUCCGUGGCCGCGCUCUGUGGUCACGUGCCGGUCUGUUGGGCUCUGGUGUACAAGUUUGGGCUCGGGAACGUUGGGGCCGCUCUGGCGAUUGGGCUGGCCUACUGGUUCAAUGCCGGGCUGCUGGUUCUGUACAUGAGGUGGGCUGGUUCGUGCGAGAAGACGCGUGGGAUGUGUUGGGAUGAUUUGGGGGCGAGUGUGACGGAGUUCUGGAGGUUCGCUGUCCCUUCUGCCGUCAUGGUCUGUUUGGAAUGGUGGACGUUUGAGCUGCUAGUCCUGCUGGCUGGAUUGCUACCCGAUGCAGCGCUUGAGACUUCGGUCCUUUCCAUUUGCCUGACAACUACAUCGCUUCACUACUAUGUGCAAUAUGGAAUUGGAGCGGCGGCCAGCACUGGGGUGUCGAACGAGCUGGGGGCGGGGAAUCCGGAGAAAGCCAAAGCAGUGAUCCAAUCCGCGGUGGGGAUUUCGAUUCUGGAGGCGGCAAUCGUCAGCACCACGCUCUUCUGCUGCCGCAGCUUCUUCGGCUACGUUUUCAGCAACGAGAAGGCGGUGGUGGCGUACGUGGCCGACGUGGCUCCGCUGCUCUGUCUCUCCGUCGUCGUAGACAGCUUCCUCGCAGUACUCUCCGGAGUAGCGAGGGGGAGCGGGUGGCAGUACAUAGGAGCGUAUGUAAAUCUAGGAGCGUACUACGGCGUCGGGAUGCCGGUGGCGGUGCUGAUGUGCUUCGUCUUCCAUCUCGAAGGGAAAGGCCUGUGGGUUGGGAUACUGACGGCAUCGACUCUCCAAGCUGUUUUGCUUGCUUUCAUCACUGCCUUCACCAAUUGGGAUAGACAGGCAGAGAAAGCCAGAGAGAGGAUAUUUGAUGGGAAUAUAAUUUUGCCAGCAUAAUUGAGGCGGGACAGGAAAAAAAAAAGGCAUAAAAGACUAAAAGAGAGAUGCUCAGAAAUAAUAGUGUCGAUUGUCCGUGAUGUGCAAUUUUGAUUAAACAAAGAAUUAAUGAUGAUGAAGAAGCCCCGCGGAUCCAGACGAGGCGAUCAAUUAGGCUUAAAUAUACAAUUCAAAAAGUAUAAUAUUAGAUUAUUGGAUUACACGCACAAUACAAUCAAAGCAUUCACCCAAGUAUUUAUAUUUCCAGUAUAAAUUUGGCAUGGACCUCUGCCUUUUAGUUUACAUCUUUACCCAGGCAGCAUGAGGAUGAUUUGAUUUAUGGGAAAAUUGAUUGGAUUUUGAGUGAAAAUCACUCAGAGCAAUCAACUGGAACAUGGUUCUAACAACUAGUUGGUUUCGAUAGCCAGUUGUUGAUAAAUUUAUUAGGAUCGAUGGAUUGACGAAGAUUUUCACUCCACUGUAAGGGAGGAUCUUGAUUCUCAAGUCGAUUGACAAAUAUGUACUUUGAUUAUUUUCGAGUCGAUUCAAUCAACGGGUGUAGCACCGUGCUCGACGUGUAUGGCAAUAUCAUGUAUGUUUUAUUCAAAAAAAAAAUUUUAUAGUUCUAGCC